AUGCCCGACCACGCUGGGACGGCCGCGGCCGCGCCGCCGCAGAGCGAAUCGAACCCCACCCCGCCUAAGGAGCUGUAUCCCAUGGUGAAUUGGAAAUACGAUCUCUUCCUCUGGGUUCUGGGUGUUCUCGUCGACCUCUUCUUCCGCGAGGUUCACCCUCGCGGCUCCUGGAAGGUCCCCAAGACCGGUCCUAUCCUCUUCGUCGCCGCUCCUCACGCGAACCAGUUCGUCGAUGCUCUGAUCCUCCAGCGCACCCUCCGUCACGAAGCCGGCCGCCGAGUCUCUCUUCUCAUUGCCCAAAAGUCCGUCCAUGGCUUCAUCGGCUGGGGCUCGCGCCAGGUCGGUUCCGUCCCGGUCGGCCGUGCUCAAGAUGCCGCCAAGCCCGGCUCGGGCGUUAUCUACCUCCCGGACCCCAUCAACGACCCUACACUGAUUCGCGGUGUCGGCACCAAGUUCGGCCAGGGCGAGGGUGAAAUUCAUGGCAUGCUGUUUCUGCCGUCUGCCAAGAAGCAGACCGGCGCCAGCGUUGAUAUUGCGCAAAUCAUUGGACCCGAGGAAAUCCGCAUCAAGCGCCCUUUCAAGGGCAAGCUUCCCCUGGAGCAGCUGACCGGCCGCGACGACAUCGACGAGAAUGGAAACUUCACCGACAAGAACAUCAAGGGUUGCAAGGAGGGCUUCGAGGGCACCAAGUACAAGCUGGCUCCCCACAUCGAUCAGACCAAAGUGUACGAGGCCGUCUUUGACCGUCUCAAGUCGGGCGGUUGCGUCGGUAUCUUCCCCGAGGGUGGAAGCCACGACCGCACCGAACUGCUUCCCCUGAAGGCUGGUGUCGCGAUCAUGGCCCUUGGUGCUCUGGCCGAAGCCCCCGACUGUGGUCUGAAGAUUGUGCCCGUCGGCAUGAACUACUUCCACGCGCACAAGUUCCGCAGUCGUGCCGUGAUCGAGUUUGGUCCGCCCCUCGAGAUUCCCCCGGAUUUGGUCCGUAUGUACAAGAACAACCAGCGAAGAGAGGCCAUCGGCCAGCUCCUGGAUACCGUCUACCAAGCACUCAGCGCCGUCACUGUCUCUACUCCCGAUUACGACACCCUCAUGAUGCUGCAGGCCGCUCGUCGCCUCUACAACCCCACCGGAAAGAAGCUCCCUCUGCCCGUCGUUGUCGAGCUGAACCGCAGACUGGCCAUGGGAUACGAGCGCUACAAGGACGACCCGCGGAUCAAGGACGUGAUGAAGUCGGUCAAGGUGUACAACAAGCAGCUCCGCUACGUCAACCUCCGCGACCACCAGGUUCAGUACGCGAGAAUGUCCAUUCCCAAGGUCAUCUUCACUCUGUUCUAUCGCAUCGCAAAGCUUCUCGUCCUCCUCGUCGGUGUGCUGCCCGGUUUGAUCCUCUUCGCUCCUGUCUUCAUCGCAUCGAAAGCGAUUAGUGUUCGUAAGGCGAAGCAGGCGCUGGCUGCAUCGACGGUCAAGAUUCAAGGGCGCGACGUCAUGGCAACGUGGAAGCUCCUUGUGGCUAUUUUCCUCGCGCCAACGUUGUAUCACUUUUACUCGGCAAUUGUUACCUACAAGGUAUGGAAGGACCACCUCUGGGGAUACGUCCCUGCGUGGGUUCCGUGGUGGACGACCUACCUCGUCAUGUGGCCGUUGAUGGUGGGCAUCACAUUCGCCGCCCUCAGAUUUGGCGAGGUCGGCAUGGACAUCUUCAAGUCCCUGAGACCUCUCGUGCUGUGCUUGAACCCCGCCUCGAGCUACAACAUUCAGCAGCUGCGGACGAAGCGCGCAGAGCUCAGUAUCCAGGUCACCGACCUCAUCAACACCCUCGGACCGGAGAUGUUCCCCGAUUUCGAGAAGACGCGCUUGGUUGCCGACCCGUACAAGAUGGACGGCUACUCCCGGCCGCGCACCCCUCCCGCCCGCCGGGACAGCGACGCGUCGAGCGCGUACGACUCGGCCACGCCGCCCUCCAUUUCGAGACGGACCACGACACAAUCCAGCCGUGGUCUUCCCCGCAACGAGUCGUACAGCAACAUCGGCGGCGUGGGUAUCUUCUCCACGCGGCCGCCUUCUCGCUCUAGGAGUCGGAGCAGCAGCAGCGGAGGCGGUCUCAACUCGGGCGGCUUCCCCAUCAGCGGCUUCACUACGUUGGACUCGGCUGGCGGCUUUGACGAAGCCAGCAGGAAGAUCCGCGAGGCGAUGAAGUUGCGCAGGAGGAAGAGCGGCGACCACAAGAUGGAGUUGGGCGCCGACGAGAGCGAAGAAGAGGAGUACAACGAGGCUCGCAAGAAGAACACAUAA